AGAUUUUUUCUCAAACACAAGUGGCACAGAAAAUUGUACGACUCAUGCCGGUUGAGGACACCGUUAAAUUAAUCGUUCAAUCAGUCAUCAACUUUUUCGUUUGCUUUUACAAAUCCUCAAACCUUUCAUGGAAAGUUGGAAGAUCAUAAUCCAAUUAUAUCGUUAAUGAGGCUACCAGAUCUUUCAUCGACAAUUGUUAUUCUCAAAUUCACAUAUUUCGAUUCACGCGACUUUAAAAUAUUGGCACACGAGAUACCAUUGUUUAAUUUUUGUAUAAGUAUGCUUAGGUGUUUCAUUCUUUCAACACGAUCAAUCAUUAAAUUGGGUUUGCCAAAUUUGGAGGAUGGCAAACACCGAACUGGAGCAGCUGGAAAAAUUUAUAUCAUUAAAAAAUUUGAAAUGAUACAUCGCAAUGGCAAUCUCCAAGUUACCAAAACACCGAGGUCACCAAAUUGGAUAUCUUAGGCGUCUAAUUUGUGGAAAAGAAUUGCCAAUAAUUACCUGAAUUCAUCAUCAUCACUUACCUACCUAUGUAAUCGAUCUGGAGAACGGUGAUUUCUUCACUUUUUCCCCACCGAUAUGCGAUUUUCUUCCUCAUGGUACUUUUUAGCUAAUACAUUACUUUUUCUAAAAAUUGGAAUAAAUUAAAAAUUUUGUUGAUAAAAACCAGAGGAAUUCAACAGAUAUUCGCAAAUUGUCUGACAUCCAAACUAUAUGGAAUUAAUUAUCGAAUUGGGUGAAGUCUCGUGACGAAUUAUUCACUGUCUGGAUUGAGUUAUGUGUACGUCAACAGGGCAUAAAACAGCACGUGCAUUUGUGUCAUACGCGUCCAUGCGAUCAAGUGUGAACAACACUUGAAUGAACAAUUGUGUUAGGAACCAGGUAAUAAGUGUGCAGAUGCUGUUGAAUCUACCGAGCUUAUUUGUACGUUAUUUACACAGACAUGACGUAUAUGGUGAAGGUAAAUUUGGAUAAGAAUUUUGGGUGUUUUGAGCGGACCCCCUUGAUCUUACAAUCAGAUUACUGAAUCCUGACGCGAUUCCCAAUUUUCCAUAUCAUUCGAACUGGUCAAUUGUUUACAUAUUUCUUUAUCAGGAAAAAGAAUUCAUUCAGAUUGAAUCCCGAUGCGACAAAAUUCGCUGUUGAUUUUAUUGCGAAAAUCUAUUUCCGAUCUUCCGCUAAUUUGAUUAACUUGUACAUUCACGCGCAACUUCAUGUUCCGAAAUUGUAUGCGAAAUGAUAAUCAAUAUAGACAUAUCGAUGUAUAAACGUCUCAAAAAACUAAACAUGGCUGAGAAUUUGAUAUAAAAAUUUUUCUACAAAAAUAUGAACAAAUGAUUUAGGAAUAACACAAAUUUUUGGAUCUACGAAUUAUUCGUGCAGUUAGAUCACAAAAUGGAUCACAAUGAAUGUACUGAUCGAAUGCAGCUAGUUGUUGCGGCAAUGACUAAGGAUUACGAAAAAGCACGAAAUCUUGCUAAUGCGAUACUCAAAAUUCACCCCGAUGAUCCAACCGUGCAAAAGUUUUCGUCCACGUUAGAAAAGGAAAUGAAUAAAAGAGAAAAAAUGCCAGAAGAUGACAGUGAAGAUGGCAGUACAGAAACGGACGACGACGAUGGUAAUAAUAGCGAAGAUAGUGCAAGUAAAAGUGACACUGACAGCAGUACCGAAAGUAACAGCGACACCGAGGAAACUAUCGUCAUUAGCACCGACAUUGUCAACGUUGGUGACUGCAAAACUAAUUCAAAGAUCAAUCGAGAGAGUAUAGAAAAUAAACACCUUGGAGCUGAAUCAAAACGAUCAGGUAAGAAUUCCGAAUUAGAAGGUAAAAUCAUCAGAGUAUUACCCGUAAAAUUGAGUCCGCUGGUGCGUUAUAACAGAACCAUUUAGCGUCAUACGUCAAUUAAUAAAAAAGGUGCGGAUCUAAUUUUUCUCUUUUCCAAAUUUAAUACGAAUAUUUGAUAAAUUUAAGCAAUAAAACGUGGAUCAGCUAGGAUAUAUAAAGCUCUUAUAGUUUUAUUACAUAUUGAAUUUUAAUUACAAUCAUGUAUACAUACAUGUUUCAUAAAUUAUAAUAUUUAUUGAUGCGGUUUUGAUACUGCGUAAUGAUAAUUAAUUAUAAUAUAGAUAUACGCAUAUGUAUAUUGAACAUGAAAUGCAAUUCAAUCAAUUGAACAAUCAAAU